ACGGUUAUCGCGUCUAAUCGAAUUUGGCUUAAAUUCGAGGGCGAAUAGAACAGAAAGCGACAAAAGGGCUUGGAAAAUCGCUGGAACAGCUAACCGCGUAAAAGCCUACAAUUUCCAACUAAAGAGUUUUCUCCGAAUGCGUUUGUGAGCAGCUACAUUGUAUUUUGUUUGCUUUUUUUUUGCGAGUGAAAAACACCCGGCAAGUGAACCAAUUUUACGGAUUUUCAUCUCUGGCUUCCAGACUCCGUAUUCCGUACUCCGGGAGGUAUGCAAUGAAUUUCGCCUGCAGUCGCUGGUGCUCCAUUUAAAGGAUAUUCCAUGCCGUGCUGCUGGCUGAUAAAGUAGCGCCGAGGAAAACGGUUACGGAAUGGAUGCGCGCCGGCAGAAACGACUUGGCCCAGCGCCAAUUGCAUCCUUCGAAAAGUCAUUCGAGGACAAUGCCACGACAAAUGCACAGCAGCAGAGCCAACACCAGCAGGAGCAACAGCAUCCUGGCCAUGUGGCGAUGAUGGAGCAAAGUGUGCGAAACCAGACAACGAUGUCGACGACGGCCAAUCGGAAUAGAACCGCCGGCGGCAUAGAAGCACCCAGCAUAGCCGUUGCAUCUGGACCCGCUUCCGCAGCAUCCGCAGCAUCCGCAACAUCCGCAGCAUCCGCCUCCUCAUCCUCCUCGUCAUCGGUUUCAUCGGCCACUUGCUCGGCAACAAUUGUCCAGGCGAAACAGCGACCGCCGCCCCUAAAAACGGCGACGACAACGGUGACCACCACUUUGGUGAGCAGCAGCGAGGGCGGUCAGCCCCUGCCACCCACCGCCCACUCGGGGCCCGGUGGUCCAGGCGGUGCAGGGGUGGGGGGUGGUGCCAGCUACCGCGGCGCUGCCACCCUGACCACGCCCUCAACGCCCCGCAUCGAGCUUAGUCGCGCCUCCAGUUCGUCGCAUCACGAGGAGGACAGCCGGGAAAGCAGUCCGGAAAAUGUAUUCGACCAGGUCGGAACUGGCACCCUACAGGAAACGAUUGGCCUUGGCUUUCGGGAGGAGGGUGCCCUCGAGCUGCGCAGCUCCACCGAGGAGCUGUACUUCAUGGAUCCCGAGCAGAAGAAGGAGGAGCAGGAGCGGAUCCAGCAGCAGCAGCAGCAGGCCAAGCGCUCGUCGCCGCACAUCUUCAAGUUCGACGACCACCAGAGUUACCUGCAGCAGCACCAGCGCAAGGAUUCGGCCAGCUCGGAGGUGGCUGCGUUGCUCUGCAUCUCGGGUCGCACCAGUCGCAUCUCGAGUGUGGGCAGUCAGGGAUCGGCGGUGAGUCGCCUCUCGGCGAUAUCGGGUGUCUCGCGUUCCCCCUCGCCGCAUCGCAUGCUGCUGGAGACCUCGUUCUGUGGCCCCAAGCCGGUGGAGCUGGGCGGUGCCAGUGGUGGCGGUGGAGGUGGUGCUGGUGCUGGUGCUGGUGGUAGUGGUGCCUCCACCGCGGCCAGUUCGGGCCACAGUCGGGCAGAGGGAAUGCCAGGUGCCGGCACGGUGGCUGCCAAUGCGGCCCUGCUCGAGCAACUGCUCUUGGCCCGCAAACAUGAUCCCACCCAGGCUGUUCUGGCCGAGGGCAUCAAGGUACUGCCCCCCGCGCCAACGGGCUCCGGCUCGGCGAGCACCUCGAGUCGCGGCCGGAGCAGACAGAUGGCCAAUGGCCAGGAUCGGAUAGAGAAGGACGUGCCGAAGAUGAAACAGACAAUUGGCGCCCAACGUAGGGGCAACAAGAGUCCGGGUCAAAUGGUUGUGGGCAAGACGGCCAGCGGCACGGAGUACAUACGGAUUAAUCUGCGGCCGGAUCACAUGUACAGUGACAAGGGUAUAGCCUCCAAUGAGCGCGUGGUGGAGGCACCCAACCAGCUGGCACCGGUCUACUCCAAGCCCGCCUCCCUCAGUCUGCAACAGGCAACAGGUGGUCCCAUCGAGGAUAUCCAUCGCCUGACCCCCACGGCCAGUCCCAAGCCGGGCAAGCGAUUGACCAGCCGUUCACCCUCACCCGCAACUGGAGGUGCUGGCGGAGGCACCGUUUCCCGCAAGAGCUCCUUCAGCUCCCUCUUCCGUUUGGGCAAGGACUCACCGGAUUCGCCCAGGGAAACGGCUCGCUCGCGUAGCAAAAGUAAAGAGCGACCCGCCACGGCCUCGGGCGGAUUGGGUGGCGAGCGAAGUGGAGGCGGUGGUGGUGGUGGUGGUGGUGGCUCCCAGAACGUAACGCCCAGCAAGCAGAAGUCGGUGUUGGCCAUCUUCAGGCCCGGCAAGCGGGGCAGCCAGAGCAGCAAGAGCUCCUCGCCCAUAGAGUGUAGUGCGGAGCCAGUGCCGCCGCCACCACCACCUGCUCCCGGAUCAUCGGGGUCCAACACCAACACCACCAAUCGCAGUCGCACCCCAGCCGGAUCGCGACCCGGCAGUCGACUGCGCUACUACGAUGAGCCGGUGGAGGGGGUGAUCCACAUACCACUGCACACGCCGCCGGAGGAGCGCGAGGCUCGCACCCUGCUGCAGGGCAUCCAGCAGUUGACCCACGCCGCCCAGGCCAGCAUGGACCCCAGCCCACUGCCCACCCACCGAGCAGCGCCCACUGCCGCCGCGCCAGCCGGCACCCAGAUCAUCACGGCCACCCAGUUGGCGGCCGCAGCGGCUGCCCUGCGUCCGGUGGCCCAGCGGAGGGUGGCCCAGCGCCCGGAUCUGGAUGCUAUUCAAUCGCUGCCCAGCCAGGAGGAUCCACCCAUGGAACCGGGUGAAGGAAAUGGCAAUGGCAAUGGCAGUGGGAAUGGGAAUGGGAGUGGUGAGCAAAUGAUGGUGCUACAGGCUGAGCCGACGAACUGGAGCCUGGAGGUGCAGCGGCACAGUUCGCAGGACUCGCAGGAGACGACGGCCGAUUCGGUGGGCUCGGUGGUCAGUGCCCGGGCGGCCAAUCUGGCCCAGCAGCAGCGACUGCCGUCGGUGGAGAGCACCCAGAGUGCGUGCGAGCCGCGGCUGGUGCACACGGUGGCCACCGUCAAUGCCCAUCCCAAUCCGGACUUGGACUUGGCCGCCGCCGCCGCUGCGAAGGAGCGCAGGCGUCUGCUGUUCGCCACUCGCUUGGGCUCCGGCAGCCAGGAGCAGCUCUUCUCCACCCAGUUUAGUAUUUCGAAGACCGAGAGCCAGUCCAGCCAGCUGUCCGAGCAGAUGGAGCACUCCGGAUCGGAGGCAGCGGAUGGGUUGCAGCGCCAGGGCACCGUGAUUCGGAGGAUGGAGAGCACCGGCGCCGCAGGACCACCACCGCCGCCGCCGCGGGGCGUUUGCAGUUCGGAGGAGGAGCAGGGUGGUGGAGUCAUGGCCGGCACGGUGGUUAUGCGCGCCAAGCACAAGUCGCGGCCCAGUUCGGAGGACGAGGCUGCUCCGGCAGAUCUGCGACACUCGCGUUACUUGGAGAAUUUCGAUGUGCGCCGCAAGCUGCACGAGAAUCUCACGGAGGCGGAGAUUUCACGAAAGGCCGAGUUGCCAGGUGGUCAGGUGACAACCAUUCCCAGGAAGCCAAAGCGACAAAGUGUCCCAGAAUCAAGACGUGAAACCACUAGCUACAGUUCUGGUACUGCCACGCCCACCACGCCCACACCAACGCCAAUGGUUCAAAUGGGUCAAUGUCAAUCCAAGCAGCCAGCGAGCUCUGCCACCACUCCCACAAACACUGCAGCUCCAGCGUUCACUCCACCCGCUUCCACUUCCUACACGGGUGCUCCAGUCACCACCUCCAUCAAUGAGCCACUGGGCACUUCCUACAGCACUUCCUAUAAGGAGCCAUCGUUAAGGGAUCCGGCAACCACUGCCCAUCACGAUCCUCUGACCUCAACGACUCCGGAUCCCAUGCUCACCUCCCCGCCAGCCGAACGUCGCCAUUCGCAGUCAACGGAUGAGCACGAGCCCGUGGAAUCGUCGGAGAGUGAAAGGGAUUCGGAUAUGGCGGGCAGCUCGUCGGUGACCACGGCAGUGCCGGCGGGCGGAGAGGCGGGCCGGCGGCAUCACAACUUUCCGCGCAACGUGUGCGUGAUCGAGGAGCACGAGAGCACGGGCCUGGUGUCCCAGGAGUCCUUCGAGGACGAGCUGCCCUACAUACCCACCACGCUGCCCGAGGAGCGGGCCCAGGGUGUGCCCAUAAUACCCAUGCGGGAACGGGCCAAUAUGGAGCUGAAGACCUGUCCGGUGGACAGGCCACGGUCCACCACGCCGCUGAAUCCCUCGCAUCUCGAGGAGUACUGUACGGGGAUCAUGACGCCGCAGGAAGUGACUCCAGGUGGUGGUCAUCAGGAGCUCGAUGGGGCACUAGCCAUGGGCAUUGGCGGUGCGGCAGUGGCCGGAACUGCCGCAGGAGCUCCUGUGCGUGGGGAAAAACUGAGGAUCAGUUUGCCGCGCAAGGAGUCCAUCGGCAAGGAGCGCAUCCAGAACUCCAAGUCGCCGCGUCGUGUUUCCAACACCAGUGGCAAGUCCUGGUUCGAGUUCGCCGAAGAGGGCUUGCGGGCCAAUAACAAUCUGGAGCGCAAGGACUCUGCCAAACAGCUGCUACCCGUCGUCACACCACCAGCUCAAUCAGCUCCCUCUUCAGCGAAUUUGGAGGAGCCCAAGCCAAAGGCCUCAACCCAACGAAAACUCUCGGGUCAUUGGAUCGAUUUCGAGAACAUACCCGAGAAGAGGAAGCCGGCCAAGCGGAUCACCACCUUGCCCAAGGAGACGUUGACGAGCAGCGUGGUGGCCAUGGCUACCACCAGUUUCUCCUCCGCCUGUGGUAGUGGUCAUCGCUCCGCAUCCGGUUCCGCAUCCGGUUCCGCAACCGGCCACCAUCAUCAUCAUCACCACCAUCAUCAGCAGCAGCAACAGCAGUCAACCAAAACGAGUCCGGAGGGAGGCGAUAAGUUGCACUACAACUAUGUGAAGCCGGAGGACUGCCAGUGCGAGUGUCACGAGGCGGAGCGUGGGGAAUCCUCGACAGCAACGGCCGGAGCAGGAGAGUCCAGCACGGAGACGGGCACUGGAACGGGCACAGGCACGGGCACGGGCAGUGAGUCCCUGGCCUCCGUGGAGCUACUGCAGCAGGGCGAGGAUAUGUUACCACUACUCGAUCCCGACACUUCCGCGGAGGGCAGAAUUUAUGGGGACGAAGAACAGGCGCCUCUAGUACGUCACAGUGGCAAGGGUGUCUCCUCCAAUUCCCGGACCCAACACGAGGAGUUUCCACGCCGCGAUAAUGGAUCUACUCCUCGUAAUCGCAAGUUUCCCGACAGAAAGUAAACUCAACGUUCGGGAUCAGUUCUUUAUAGAUCUUCAGGGUAGCUAAGCCGGUAAUCUAUCUCUAUCUGUGUAAGUCGAGUCACUAAACUAAGGGCCAGCGUGUCCUCCUGGCCUAUAUCCUUAAUGUACCUCAAGCAGAGUGGUUGUUAUACGUGCAAAAGCCGAGGAACAAUGAUGCGUAUUACCUUUCGACUCGAUUAGCUUACAAAACAAACCAAGAGAAAAACUCUAUAUGGAAUAUACAAAUACAAAACAAAAGCAAACACUUAAAACAUAUGAUAAUAUGCAUACGAUACUCGGUACUUUAUAGCUCAUGAAUGUACAUGGUUAGGGUAAUUUUUUUGAUAGCAACAAUUACAACACUCACUCUAUAUAGCAAUCCUGACGGAUGGAGGAGAAGGUCGAUCGUUUUCCCUAGAAACUUUUCGCUGGCAAUUUUACUAUAUGUGAUCUCUCGGAUAAAGUGUUAUAUGUGUGUGGUCGAUGGGCGUUGGACAUCCGAUCGGAUUCUCUAGCUGUAAGUCGGUGUAUUUGUGUGUAGUUUGUUAACUAGCUCAGACAAAUCGAGAAAAAAACAGAAAACAGAAACCAGAAUCCACAAUCCAGAAUCCAGAAUCCCUAGGCUAAGUCACAUAGUCUUUAUCUAUAUCGGUGUCUGUGUCUGUGUCUGUAUCCGUUUCCAUAUAGCUGCGUGCGUGUGUGUGUGUUGUGGAGAUCUAUAUCUCUAUGUAGCACCAUCCUCCCGAUUUCGACCCAUAUCUGUAGGAGUCUCAAAAUGAGACACGUCAUUCAAACGAUCUAUGAACGAGUUGUAAUCGUUUUCAGUUGGUCAUACGCAAAAAUUAGCCUGAUUCAUAUGUAGCCUUUAGUUGAGUUCGAAGCGUUAGUUAGUUAGUCGGCCCCGAUUUACUGGGUGUGUUGUAAAUACAUAAGUCUAAACUAGAUUACAGUAUUCGAAAAAAAUUGAUUUUGACAAUUUUUUUUUUUGCGAAGCAAAGGAGACUUCGCUAAAAGUUUUUGAACUUUUAAUCGAGUUUGUUAUUAAAUAUACAUGAAUAUUAUUAUAUAGCCAACAAACUGCCAGCACACACACACUUGCCAUAAGAGAAGUUCCUCCUUUGUUUUUGUUUUGGGGGUAACCGGUUGAGCGAACCGCUGUUUGGUGACCCCGUUCGGUUUAUGCGCCCCAAACAUCAUGAUACGAAUACGAUCUAUAAACUAGCUUCAAAAAAAAGUCGUGUCCCUAAAGAGACAUCCUUUCACAAACUGUCAUACGAAAAAUUGAAAAAUAGAAACCACACCCACUAGCUAGCCUUUGAAAUUCCUAAAUACUUUAUUGAACUUAGCGGACAACGGACAUUCAUUGAAUUGAAGCAAAAUUAAGCAAAUAAAAUUUAAAUUAAUAUUAAUGCAAAUUAAGGAAAACUUAUAGGUAAAUUAUACAAUACGUAAACAGCAUUGAAAACGUGCGAAGCGGGUUAGGAGAACUGUACGAGUUUAUCGAAAGAAUUUCAGAGCCCCAUGAAACCCCAAAAGGGAAUAACGUAAUCGAUAACUUUUUUGUAUUUUUUUUUUUGGUAGCAAAAGUGGUGAAGCACAAAAUGCACUCGAAACAUAUACGAUAUAUAGACAUAAUGACGAAUCCAAGCAAGAUCUUAAUAAAUUGUACAAUAAUUUCCCCAAUACAUUUAUGUGAGGAUAAAUAUAUAUUCAGAUAUACAAAUCUAUAUGUAUAUGCAUGUACACAUAAGUUGCGUUUCCAAUUUCCGAUACUUGUUCUCAAUACUUUUUUUAAUCGUUUUCGAAUAAAGAUUUUUUUUUUGUAUAACUUAGACAAGCCACGAAAUUGUUGUUAAAAAAUGCAUUUACAUUACAAAACGAAGACGAGUUAAACGUUUAAAUAAGCAAAGGAAUAUGAAAAAUUGUUAUCAAAAUUUAUGCAUUCAUACGAAAACAAAACCAGAUGGGUUAAGCAAAAAGAAAUAAAAUAAUAAAUAUAUAUGUAUGCACUUUCAUUAUUUAACGAUUUCAUAUAGACGAAGAUGAUGAUUAUGAUGAAAAGGAGACAGAACAUUAAUUGAAAUCUACUCAUUAAAG